GUGCAGCCCAAGGAGCCCUUUACCGUGGCCAACCAGCUGCAGCGCACCCUGCUCAACUCGUGGAUCAACGUGCUGCUCAUUGCCGCCCCGGUCGGCAUCGCCCUCAACUACGUCAAGUCGGUCGACCGCAUCGCCGUCUUCGUCGUCAACUUCAUCGCCAUCGUCCCGCUCGCCGCCCUGCUGAGCUUCGCAACCGAAGAGAUUGCCCUCCGCACAGGCGAGACGCUCGGUGGCCUGCUCAAUGCCACCUUUGGCAACGCCGUCGAGCUCAUCGUCGCCAUCAUUGCCCUCAUCGACAAGAAGGUGGCCAUUGUCCAGACCUCGCUCAUCGGCUCCAUCCUGUCCAACCUGCUGCUGGUCAUGGGCUUCUGCUUCUUCUUUGGCGGUCUGCGCCGUCCCGAGCAGUACUUCAACACCACCGUCGCCCAGACGGCCGCCUCCAUGCUGGCCCUGGCCGCUGCCUCCGUCAUCGUCCCGACCGUCUUUGACGCCGCCGCCAACACGCCUACCGACAAGGUCGCCAAGCUGUCGCGCGGCACGGCCGUCAUCCUGCUCAUCGUCUACGCCGCCUACCUGGCCUUCCAGCUCGGCACCCACCAGGCCGUCUUUUCCGAGCAGAGCCAAAAGGUGCCGGCCAAGCCCUGGAGCAGCAGCUCCGCCAACCCGGAUAUCAAGCAGGGCCUGUUGGUGCCCGGCUCCGUCGUCAGCCGCGGCAUCGUCAACAAGGAGGGCGAGCGGGUCGAGAACCCCGAGGAUGAAGAGGAGGAGGAGGAGGACCCCCAGUUGCAUUUUUACGUGGCCGUUGGUCUCCUUGCCGGUUCCACCGCCAUCAUUGCCCUCUGCGCCGAGUUCAUGGUUGGCUCCAUCGACGCCAUCACCGCCAACGGCGGCCUGUCCGAGGAGUUUGUCGGUCUGAUCCUGCUUCCCAUUGUCGGCAACGCCGCCGAGCACGCCACCGCCGUCACCGUCGCCGUCAAGGACAAGAUGGACCUGGCCAUUGGCGUCGCCGUCGGCUCCAGCAUGCAGGUCGCCCUGUUCCUGAUUCCCCUGCUGGUCGUCAUUGGCUGGGGCAUGGGCAUCGAGGAGAUGAACCUCAGCUUCGACACCUUCCAGGUCGCCGUCAUGUUUGUCGCCGUGCUGCUCGUCAACUACCUGAUUGGCGAUGGAAAGAGCCAUUGGCUCGAGGGCUGGCUGUUGAUUUGCCUGUAUGCCAUUAUCGCCGUCUGCGCAUUCUGUAAGUUGUCAAAGCAAUCAUUCCACCUUUGA